AUGUUCAAUUUUAGAAAACUGCAACUUUUCGACAGAGACCAGACGAAGGAUACAGGUGAAGUACAGAACUUUUUGAAUAGCCACGAAGGGAUAUACUUUUCGACCUCCAAAAAAUUUAUCAACGUGUUUGUAGACAAGCUGCUUUUUAUAGACCCCCUUAAUCUAAACGUUACAACAAUAAACUCAGAUCUGUUGGUAGUCGAUUUUUGUUUUUGUGACAAAACGAAUAACCUUAUUGUGCUUGGCAAAAGCAAGAAUGCCCUAGUAUGUAGCAUCUACAACAUCAGGGCGUAUAACUUCACCCUGCUGAAAAAAUUACAACUAAGUAAGAACAUCGAAAAUAUAAAGAAGACACUAAUUUCCAAGUGCCUCGGAUAUAUAACUACCUUAGAAAAUAAAAAAAUUUCAUUUUAUCACAUAAAUAAUGAUUAUUCCAUCACGAAAAGUGAAUUAAUCCAAGAGGAGGAUGAAGAAGAACUUUACGAAAAUAUGUUCCUAUGUAAGGAGGAUAUCUUCAUAGUGAUGAAAAAAAAUUCAAUAAAUGUGUACAGAUUGAUUAUAAAUGAUGCCUCCAUAAGUUAUACAUUCAUCGAGUGCAUUCCGUUGGAGAACAACUACUCUUCCAAAGCGAACGCAGGAGAAUUCUCCAAUGGAAGCACAAGCAACAGCGACAAUGAGGAAAGAAAACCCACAAAUUAUCACACUAGUAGUAGCAAUAAUGAUAAUGGACCACCUCCCAUCGACGAGCCGGUGUUGUCCACAUACAACGAAGAAAUAAAUGUCUUGUAUAUCUGCCACAAUGUAUUGAAAGUUCUCUAUGUGUUGGACCUCAGCAAUAGAACCCUGGAAUAUAUUCUGCUAGAAAAUAAAGUAAUCAAUUUGUUCACAGUAAAAUUUUAUUUAAUCCUACUCACAGAAGUUAGAAGUAAGUUUUACUUCAACAUAUAUGUUAUACAUGAAGAAAUGAAGCUACAGGUUUUCCGGGGAACGUAUAACUGCCUCAUAACAAACGUUGUAUAUUUUAACAAUUUACUUUUUCUAAUUGUGGACGAAUACAUACAUGAGCCAGAGGUAAAAGUGGAUAAGUUUUAUUUUUAUGAACAACUAAAAAUGAAAUGGAACGCAGCUGGAGAAGUAAACCAUGGGAAGAAUAGCAAAAGUGAUAGCAUAAGCAACAUCUUUAAAGAAACAGAAAAUAGCAAAUCGAAAAGUUUUGAUAUUUUAAAAAUGUACAAUGAUAGUAUUAACAAUAAUAGUGCAAGUAGCAACCUGAUGAAAGGCGAUUUAAAGUAUGAUAUAUUUUUGGAUCGAAAAGAUGAGGCCCGAAGAGAUGCAAAUAACAGCACAGAAGACAAACAGUACUAUUCAAAAAAUCUCUUUAAAUUAAAUAAACUCUUUAAAAAUUGUAGAAAUCAAAUAAAAAUUGUUAUAAAAGAAAAGAACAUGAACGAAAUUGUGCACAUGUUUAAAAAGAAAAAGUUGUUCCUCUGGUUAUUAAAUUUUGCAGAAUUGAAUAAGAACCAUCACACUAUUAACUUCGGUCAUGUGCAUCAAAUAUAUGCAGAUUUUUUAUUCGAAAAGGAACAGUAUGAGUUAGCCAUGCAUCAUUACAUCAACACCAUAGGUUUCCUAGAAACGGCCAUCGUUAUUCACAAAUAUUUAAAUCUAGAGUUAUAUGAAUAUUUAUCCAGAUAUUUGGAAAAUUUACACCAAGUUAAUCUCUUCAAUGAUGAACACACCAUGAUGCUUCUCACUUGCUACAAGAAAGAAUGCAAAAAAAAAAAAAUCAUAUCAUUUAUAAGGAAAAAUAAAAAUAAAAUAAAUUUGCACAAAGCAUACAAGUUUUUAUGCAACGUUGGCUACUACAAUAUCGUUUUAAAAUUUUCAAAAAAGAAUAAAGACCAUUUGACGUACAUCUCCAUCCUCAUUGAUAAAUUUGAAAAUUACGAAAAGAGCCUCAAAUAUAUAUUCAAGCUGGAUGUAGAAAAUAUAUGCAUUCUCCUCUUUCGAUAUGGAUACAAGUUUAUCAAAUAUUUCCCUCAACGCACUAUUUUUUUGUUAAAAAAAAUUAUUAAAAAGUACAAUUUAAAUUUGACAAUAUUUAUUCCCCUCUUCCUUGACAACAUAGAUUUUCUUUUUCUCUUUAUCCUUAAAUUUCUCGAUAAAAAAAAUUCAAGUACAGGAGAAAAAAAAAGCGUGGUGGACGCAAAUGACACAUAUAGGAACUCUUCCCCAGAUUGGCGAAACCGUCCUAUAAGGAAGGGGAGUAUUCUGACAACACAAACCCACGAAAGAGAUAGCAGUCUCCCCCCCGUGGCCAAGGAAAAAACGCGAUACGACGAAAAUGUGACGACAGCCAGCAUUAUAAGCAACAGAAAGAUAGAGUUCGACAUUUUCAAUGGGGAAUAUGAUUACAUCCUGUUCGUCACCGUCAUGCAGAUUCUGCUUCAGAAAUACAAGACAAAAGAAAAGGAGAACCACAUCCUCACCUAUAACAUAGAUAAGCUCAUCAAAAAUGAAGACAAGAAUAUAACAUUCUUAUCUGCCAUUUUGUUGUCCAUUUAUAAUUACAACAAGGGGCUUCUUUACGUUUCCAAUAAAAUGAACAAGCAUGAUAUGUAUUUCCUUUUUACAACCCUAAAAAUGGUGAAAAAAUUCAGACUAAAUUACACAAAAGAGGUAUUACAACACCCACUGCAAAGUUACAACUUAAUACAAAUUACAAAUGAAAAAUUUGCGAAAAAGUUAUUUAACACAUGUAUACACCUCAUGAAAGAAAAAGGCUACAUGUACCACAAUUACAUUUUUUAUUACCUGUCAUUACUAAAUGAUGACAAGUACCUCACGCGCUUUGCAAAAACAUUAAAUCAAAAAUCAUCCAUAUCGUUAUUGCAGCUUAUAAGCAUUCUGGGAAAGUACAACAAAAAUUAUGGAUCUAUCAAGAAAAUGGUGAUUUCAUAUAUAAACCAAAUUAAUAGAAAUAUAAAUAAAAUAUAUGCUCAAAUAGUGAGAGAUAAAAGGGAAUUAUAUAAAAUUAAAAAAAAAAAAAAAAAUAGCCAAAAGUACAACUUUCACAUUAUUGAUAAUACAUAUUGUGCCAUUUGUAAAGAAAUAUUAUCCGUCCCAAUUAUCCAUUUCUUGUGCAACCAUUCCUAUCAUUUUUAUUGUCUAAAUGGGGAAGAGCAUUGCAUCCUUUGUCAAAAUAAGGAUAAUGAAAAGAAGUUACUCAAGGAAAAGGCCAAAAAUGCCAUCAACAAUUUUGAUGAAUUUUUUAAAUAUUUGCAAGGCGCUCCUGAUAAGUUCUCCUUCAUUUCGAAUUAUCUAUCGUAUGGUGUUACUCCAAGUAGGUGA